AUGGAAUCUUAUAUUCAAAAUUUACCUAAAGAAUAUGCAGCUGAACUUCAAAAAAAAUUUGAAGAAUACAUUAUAUCGAAGGAAACUAAUACUAAAGAAAUCGUUAAUUUGAUAUUCAAUUGUGCCAGCAAAUAUCCCAACACAUUUUCGGAAUUGGAAAAAAUCUGUCGAUUUCAAGAUCAGAACUUCCGAUUAGCAAUUGAAAAUCGUGUUGAUGAGAUUAGAUUGGAUAUUGUGAAUAGUGAUGUUAUGGAAAUCAACGAUGAAACUUGGUGGGUAUUGUGAGUUCAUAUAAUGUUUCACACAUAUAUAUAUAUAUAUAUAUAUAUAUGUUUCAUAUUCAGAAAGUUUAUAGCAUAUUUGAAUACGGAAGAAUUUCUAGCACCAGAAAGAGCAGCAUGUUUUAUCAGAGGUUUAUUUCAAUCAAUAGCAUGUGACAAUCAAUUUAGCCCAAAUCAAUUCGAAAAUGAAUAUUCAAUUCAAUGCGGAAUAGUGUUCCUUGAUUCGCUGCAAAAAUCGGAAAAAAACAAAGAAUUUUCUGAUUAUUGGCUGAAAAGAUUGCGAAAAUUAUGGCGAUAUUUUGGAGAAAAAACACAGGAAAUGAUUGAGAAUUUAAUGGAGAGGUAUAAUCAAAUUGAGAUUGAUGUGAAGAUGGAAUUGAAAGCUUUUUAUGAAGAGUAAGUUGUUGUUUUGAAAAAAGUGAACUAAUUUCGAAUGUUUAGAAGAAUUGAGCAAGUGAAAAUGGAAUAUGAGAAGAAUAUUGAGGAAUUGAAUCGGAAAAUUGAACAAAUGACAAAUGAUUUGGAAAUGUGAGUGAAGAAUUUUCCACUGAAAAACAAGCAAAUUUUUGAAAAAUUCAGAAAGAAGGUCAAUUCCAAGGGAGAAUAA